AUGGGUUGCGUAAGUUCUAGGCAUAAUAGGCUUUUCAGGAGAAAGUCGGCACUGAAAGAAGAAUCAUCAUCGGAGAAACGUUCCUCGCGGAUUGAUUCGUCGAGGAUUGAUGAUUGGAUCCAACCGGAAAUUGGGUUCGAUAGAUCAAGUAGCAGGGGAGACGCCAAAGUUAGGCUGAUUGAAUCCGAAUCCGAAAUGUUUAGUUCCGGUAGGUUUUAUGCUCAUCAGAUUGGGAAGAUGCUGGAGAAUCCUGAGAUAGCUCAUCAUGAUCAGGAAUCGAGAAGAAGGCCCGGUUUGGAGAUUGAUCCAAAUGUGGUUGUAAAACCGAGGCUAGAUAGAUGGAAUAGCAGAGAUUCCAAAGUUGGGUUGAUUGAAUCUGAAAAGUUGAGUUCCGGAAGGUUAUCUGAUCAUCAUCAGAUUGAGAAGGAGCCAGAGAAGCCUGAGUUUGAAGAUUCGGUUCCUCGGGAAAUGAGGAAGAAGAAGACGAGUGUUGUUGUUACAAAGGACACAGAGUUGAAGCAAAUUGUAGCAGGAUGGCCAAUUUGGUUAGUCUCUGUUGCUGGUGAGGCAUUAGUAGAUUGGGCUCCACGCCGAGCAAAUACCUUUGAGAAACUCGAAAAAAUCGGUCAAGGAACAUAUAGCAGCGUCUACAGAGCUCGUGAUCUUCUUCACAACAAGAUUGUUGCGUUGAAGAAAGUCCGGUUUGAUCUCAACGAUGUAGAAAGCGUCAAGUUCAUGGCAAGAGAGAUCAUUGUGAUGCGACGCCUUGACCAUCCUAACGUCUUGAAGUUGGAAGGAUUGAUCACUGCUCCUGUUUCGUCGUCCCUCUACUUAGUUUUCGAGUACAUGGAUCAUGAUCUCUUUGGACUUUCUUCUCUCCCUGGUGUCAACUUCUCAGAGCCUCAGGUUAAGUGUUACAUGAGACAACUUCUAAGUGGGCUUGAACAUUGUCACAGCCGUGGUGUUCUUCAUCGGGAUAUAAAGGGCUCAAAUCUACUCAUCGACAGUAAUGGAGUCUUGAAGAUAGCUGAUUUUGGGUUAGCCACGUUUUACGACCCUGCAAAGACUGUUCCAUUGACUAGCCGUGUUGUCACGCUUUGGUACCGACCACCAGAGCUUUUGCUCGGAGCCUCUCAUUACGGUGUUGGGGUUGAUCUAUGGAGCACUGGUUGCAUCUUAGCUGAGUUAUACGCCGGUAAACCCAUCCUACCUGGAAAAACAGAGGUAGAACAAUUGCACAAAAUCUUCAAGCUAUGCGGUUCACCAACAGAGAAUUACUGGAGAAAACAGAAGUUACCAUCUUCAGCUGGAUUCAAAACAGCGAUUCCUUAUAGACGAAAGUUGUCUGAGAUGUUUAAGGACUUUCCCGCCAGUGUUCUUUCGCUUUUAGAGACUUUACUCUCCAUAGAUCCUGAUCAACGGAGCUCUGCCGAUAGUGCCCUUGAGAGUGAGUAUUUCAAAACCAAGCCGUUUGCUUGUGAUCCAUCUUAUCUACCAAAAUAUCCUCCAAGUAAAGAGAUUGAUGCCAAAAUGCGCGAUGAAGCCAAAAGGCAACGACCCAAACCAGAAAGGCAAGACUCACAGGCGAGAAGAUCACACGACAGGAAAUUUGUCCCACCGAUCAAAGGCAAUCACUCUCUAUCAAUGACAAUGGAGAAACAAUACCUAGAUUUGAAGAGCAGAAACGAUAGCUUCAAGUCGUUUAAAGAGGAGAGGACUUCUCAUGGCCCAGUUCCUGAUUAUCUAAAUAUGCACACCAGAAACAUUCAAACUGGUGGCAGAGUUUCACAUUCAGGUCCAUUGAUGAGCAACCAGAAUAUGGCUAGGUCCACAAUGUAUGUGAAGGAGAACGCACCUCCUCCCAGAUACCCUCCAUCUAGAGUGAACCCCAAGUUGUUAUCAGGAUCGUUCUCCUCCAAAACAUUAUUGGAUCAACCAGUCAUGAAUCAAAGAAGAAGGGAUCGACGAGCAUACAAUAGAGCUGAUACAAUGGAUAGUAGACACAUGACAACACCAAUUGACCCAUCUUGGUAUAAUCCUAGUGAUAGCAAGAUAUACAUGUCUGGACCAUUGUUGCCUCAGCCAAGGAAAGUGGACCAGAUGCUUGAAGAACACGACAGGCAGAUUCAGGAACUCAAUAGACAAGCACAGAAGAAACGAGAAGGCAAAACUGGGAAAUGA